AUCAUCAUCAUCAUCAUAAGCAGUAGCAGCAUCGCCCGUUCAUUAAAAGAGUUUAUUGUUGUCGUCCAAGAUCACUUGGUCAUCACGUCAACUCCUCGCCCUCAAUCUUCGUCCAUGAUCCCUCACCCAUAUCAACAAUCCUCAAUUCGACCCCAUAUCUCUCCGUUGCCGUGACAUCCAUUAAAUCAUCCGCAAUACCGCAACCUACGUUCCCAAUCACCCCGGUUAAACUGCAAGCGACGGAUCGUCAUGGCCGCUUCUCAAACCCAGGUGGCUCCAAGUGACGCUACAAACACAUCCAUGAAGCAUCAUACAGCAGAUCAUAGUACGAUUAUACAUUGUCCGGACCCGUCGGCCCACCACACAAAGAACACCACCCUUCAGGAUCAUGCAUCGGCUGCAGCCUUACACAGCACCCGGCCCUCUGCUGUCUCUUCCGCUUCCGCCAAGGACAAGACCGGGAAGCAGAAGGACCUGCUGGGGCCUGAUGGAAAGUUGUCGUCAGCAAGUGCUGCCACCAGUUUAAAACACGCUCGAGCUCAAGAUCUUCCCGGCUUUCCGGUCGUUGGGAUCGAUACACAGACUUCGGCGGGUACUGCGGCAAAUCUCGCGAAUGCGAACAGAAAGAGCCCGGAGUGGUGGAAACCGGAGCAAUCGGCAGCAGCUGGCAAAGCUGCACUAUUAGCUAAGGAUUACAAGAUGGCACCGCUCUGGCAGCCUGAAGCCAGUAGUGCAGGCUCAAAAGCUGCAUUACUUGCACAUAAGGGAGGCCCCGGUUUGAACCUUUGGCAGCCAGAAGCAAGCGCUGACGGCCACUCUGCUGCGACACUUGCGAUGAAGAGACAGAGUACUGGACCCACGGUGGACCGAAGCGCUGCUGAAGCUCAGACUGAACGUAACAACAAAGCAUUGCGAGCAGCUCAUGGAGCAGUUUCUAUGUCAGGUCGUCAACGCGCACAGUCAACUCCAGUCAUUCCACCACUAUAUCCUGAUUCCGCCAACUCCGCGAAGAACGCGCUCAGUGCUGCCAAACUAGCGCAUACUCCCUCGAUGAAAGCCACCAAGUCCCCGACUCGGCCCCUCAAUCCGGACUCGAAUCGACUCGAGUCUGGAGCUAUGGAGGCUGCGCGAAUACAGCAUGCAAAGAGCAUAUCGAGGGACAUGUACACAGAACAUCCACCAAUCGCGCUGGAAGAGGACGAAAAACAGAAAUCGGCUGCGCUUCGUGCAUCCGCCAUCUCCAUGGCCAAACAAAUGUAUGAUGUACAACAGAAACGUGCCAAUUCGAUGACCAACAACCCGUCACAUGCACAUAAUGGUGCCCUGGCUGCACAAAAUCAACGAUCGCAAAACCCGGAGGCAGAUCUCAAGGAGCAGGCGAUGCGAUACAUCGGCAUACAAGAAGCAGCACAAAAGCUUGCUGCAGAACGACUGUCCAAAAUCGGCCCAGACGAGAAUGCCGCUUUCCGUAGCUACUACGGCUACGAGAAGCCGACUCGUUCGAAGCUGACGAUGCGACGCAGUCGCACGCAUGCAUCGACUGACCCCGAGGAAUCUGACUCUGACGAAGAUGACUUUCGCUCCAGGCGCAUCCGUUCGCAGAUGUCUCAGCUCAAUAAGUCACUAGCCGAAGUUGACGCGAAGAAGCAAAGUGACGCCCGUAGACACGUCCUCGAGGCCGCCGAGCGGAAAGUACAGGCUCAGAUGCAGGGUCUCGACAAGAAGAUCUAUGACGAGACUGGAAAGAUGUCGCCGGCUAUGUUGGAAGACUGGGACAACAGGGCCCGCGCGAGAGCAGUCGCAGCAAGUGAAGCUCGAAUGGAGAACCACGGAAAGGUCCAUAUUGGCCACGGGAAGUUCGUCGAUCAGUCUGAGAUUGAUGCAGUUGCCCAGGCGAGGAUCCAGCCAACCUUAGACGAGAUUGCGGAAAAGACGGAGAAGCGAAGGGCAGAAGAGGAAGAGCGUCGGUUGGAUGCAGAGCUUAAGAAGCGGGAGCAGCAGAAGGAGAAGACGCGCGCUGCCGAACUGAAAGCAGAAGAGAAACGGGCCAAGGAAGAAGAGAAGAAAGCCCUCAAAACGAAGCAGGCCGAGGAGAAAGCAGCAGCGAAAGAAGAGAAGCGUAUGUCGAAAGAGAAACGCAAGUCUGGCGAAGCCACUGCUGCUGCUGCUGCUACUGCUGCUCCAGCUACAAAAUCCCCAGAACCCGCAAAGGCGACUCCAUUGAACCAGCAUCCAGUGACUGACGCGGAUCUGACCAUUACCUCUGCCCUUGCCGGGGAAACCACAACACGAGCACCAGCAACUGAAGAGGCAUCCAACACCCUUGACGCCAACGAACCAGUAUCACGCUUCUCACGAUCCACCGACGACCGCAACGCCUCCGAUCACGAGCACGAACCCACCACCACCGGACGUUCCGAACCAGAAUCCCCCACAACACCCACGUCACCCACCUCCCCCCGCUCCUCAAAAGGCUUCAAAUCCUUCCUAAGCAAAUUCAAGCGCCGCUCUCGUCACUCCGCCGCCUCCGCCGACUCCGACAAACCAGGCUUCAUCGGCGGCGUCAACCUCCGCGAGUCGACCUCCCCGACGCGCCCUCGAACCCCAAAUCACGACUCCGCACCCAUGACCCCGCAAAACACCCGCACGACAAUCGGCCGCUACUCCUCCGUCUCCUCCCUCGAGGAUGCCGACGACGAUCCCCGCUCGAAGACCCGAGGCCGCGGCGCCACGAGGAGCGGCGCGUCGAGCAGCUACGAGGAGGCGCGCGACGACUUCGACGAGGGGCUCGCGCCGCCGCCGAGUUUCCCUUCCGACGAGGCAGCCGCGAGGAAGGGAAGUCCGAAUCGCGACUCGAAGUUCCAUGAGGUGGGGCUCUGAGGGAUCGGACAUGACUAUGACAUGACGUGAAAUGAAUCAAUAUGGGAUAGGAAUUGGGUUGGAUUUGAAUCGAAGGGGUUUCGGCGUACUUUUUGUCCAUUGUGUUCGAGAUGGAAGCUGUACUUUUGGUCGUUAUGUGUGUGUGUAUCUGGAGGGAGUGGGAGGUAAUGUAAUAAAAUGUAAUGUAGUGUAAUGUACGAAUAGUCGCGAGUUCUUUUUCUCGUUCUCGACGCUGAGAAGAAACACAUUGUUUAUGGAAAUCUAUCUGUCUGCU